AUGAUUUUACUCUCUAUAUUUUUAUUUGCAUCUUUAUAUGUACAUGUAUAUACAAAAUUUACAAUUUUAAGUUGGAAUAAAAAUAAAUAUUUUUAUAAUAAUUCAAAUUGCACAGUUCUCAAUUGUAAAGUUAUAUUCAAUCGUAAUAAAAUACAAUAUGUUAAUGCCAUCCUUUUUGAAGAACAUUAUUCUUUUGAUAAACAGAGAGCUAAAAUAAACUUCCCUAAAAGAAAUAAUAAUAAAAUUCUUAAUGUAUACACAUCAAUUAGUUCACCAAUUCCCACUAUAAAGAAUGAUUUUAAAAGAAAUUACAAACUUCCAUUAAAUUAUUUUAACUUAAUUUUUUCUUAUAACUCAAAAAGUGACAUAAUAUUUACAUAUGGUGGUCCAUGGUUUUAUGAUAAAAAGUUACAAAAUGAAACAUUUAAUUUUAACCAAAAUGACAUAUUCAAAAAUAAAAAUUUACCAGUUGUUUGGAUUAACAAAGAUUGUACAUUAAAUGAAGGCCAAAAAAGAGUAAUAAAUAAUUUAAAAUCAAAAAUAAAAUUAGAAGAAUUUAAAAGAUGUGAUAAGCAAAAUCUUAAUACUACAAAUAAAACAAUUAAAGAUUUUUAUGAAAAAUAUUAUUUUUAUAUUGUAAUGGAUGAAGCUGAUUGUAAAGAUUAUUUAACAAUUAGCUACUGGGAAGCUUCAACAUUUAAUAUUGUCCCAAUUGUGACUGCUAGAAGAAAUUAUCAAAAUAUUCUUCCACAAAGUUCUUUUAUUGCAAUGGAUGAUUAUAAAAAUGCUGAUGAAAUGGUUUUUUAUCUUAAUUUUUUGAUGGAAAAUAAAAUUAUAUAUAGUAGAUACUUUGAAUAUAGAAAAAAAGGAUGGACAUUAGAAAAAAAGCCAUAUGAUUAUAAUAUUUGUAAUCUUUGUAAAAAACUUAUUGAAUUUAGAAGUAAAAAUUCACAUGAAAAAUUUAAAAAUAUACAAAUGUGGAUUUUACAAAACAAUCAAUGUUUAAAAAAAAAUUAUAUCUCUAGAUAUUGGAAAAUUUUAUACUAA